AUAAAAAGAAAAGAGAGAAAAAUUAACGAUCAAAAUGAAAAAUAAUCAGCAUUGCAUGAUUCUUAACACCAGUGAGACUAACAAUUAUCAUCAACCUGUCUCGGCAAAACCUUCAGUUGUUUCGGUAUCAAGUAUCGACUCUGACGUCAGUGACAGAAGAGAUGUACGAGAAGAAUUGUACGCUGGGAUUUUUAGGAGACAUAGAAAAACUAUAUUGGUAUUAGGCAGUUUUCUUAAGAUGUUAAGGAAAUAUUUGAACAGAUUGCAUGCACUGAGCCGAAUAUACGCCUUAAUUGCUUUAAGAUUCGAAAUGCACCAAAAGUUUUGGUAA